AUGGCAACUCGUUCACUUCGCAGUCAUCCAUACACCAAUAUUCUUUCCCGGCUACUACUGAAAUACUCGCCACACGAGUCUGGUAGGUUCAACGCACCUUUUUCGGAAAGCAUCCUUUUGAAAGAUGAUUACGUUUUGGAAGACUUCCAAAACAAAGUUAAAGUAGCUGAGAAAGAGUCCAGCCAGCACUUUGAAGCUCGAGAAGGAACCAAGUCUAGUGUGAAGAUGAUCCUUCCCGAACUAGAGCUUAAAAUAAUGAAUGACGAAGAAAUCGGGUUUCACGACGAUUUGGGGCGCUUUUAUAUCACUAGGAGCCUUGAACAACGUUCAUUCGUGUUCAAAGUUAUGCUUCGCCGAAUCGACCUGACAAAAGAGAAUGAUAAGGAGAAACAUAAUAAUUUCCAGGAUCUCGAAAACGCAAUCCACAACGCUCAAGAAGUCAUUAAAAAACGUAAAUACUUAAUUCAAAAGGUAGGUUUUUACGAAGACAGUCAUGAAGAAGUCUUGACCAAAGUUCGGGAAGAGAAAGAAAAGGCACAGUUUAAGAUGAAGGAAGAGGAUUACAAUCUCCUUAAAAGCGACACAGCUCAACUUUGUGCUUUGCUUGGAUUAAAACUCGACUUUCUCGACGGUUUUAACGAGAUGUCACCAGAACACCGUCACCAUCGAACAAUGGCUGACUGGAUCAAGAUAACUCUGAAAGACAACGCCGUCAAGGUAAACGAAAACUCUCUCGGUAAAGCAAUGCUUCAAUCUAUUGGUUUCGAUCCCUUAAGCGCAGCCAUCGAGACUAUCAUCGCUCGGUCGAAAUUUCAAGGAUCCAUGGAACAGCACAUAGAAGUGUACGAAUGGGCACAGUUGUUCGUUGAGGACGAAUUCAAAUACAAUCCUCUGCUGUCUCCCCUGACUCCCACGUUUCCUUUUAAAUGCAGUCUAACGAAUACGUGGUUUGAUUUAACAAGUAUACCUGACGAAGAAAGGGAGAGUAAUAUAAACUUUAACUGUGUCAGGAUUAUAAACCUUCCGACAAAUCAAUUCAAUGCUUGUAGCAACGCUCAGGUUAAACUCAGUGAAUUGUUACAACGAGACGAUCAAAAGAUCGUCCUGUACCAUGGCACAGACCAUGAAAGUGCGCGCCAAAUUUUACUUCGGGGAAUUUAUUUAUAUGCUGGUCGACAAAGACGUGAUUUUUCCUGCGGAAAGGGAUUCUAUUUAACGAACAGAAUAGACUAUGCUUGGAACUGGGCAAAAAGUUUAUCAGCGAGGCCCGCAAUUUUAUCUUUUGUAGUCAGUCGUGAGUAUAUGGAAAACAAACCGCGCAAGCUGGAUUUGAACGAAGAUGAAGAAAAAUGGAAGAAAAUGGUGUCUUCAUUCAGAAAUGACAGGGUAACAGCAAAAAUGCUGGAGGAUUUAGACCAGUCAUAUGACUUGAUUAGGGGACCCAUCGCUAGAGUUACGAAAAGCGAAGUCUCUGACGAAUUGGAGUGCAAGCCAAAACCUUCAUUGUAUCAGUUGUGUCUUAUUUCAGACAAAUUCGCAGAAGAUUUUGAAAAGACUCUUCACUCGACAAUCUUUUUCGAUAUCUUUUAA